AUGAACAACAUAACCACCUCACUGGGCCAAACAGCUGAGCUUCACUGCCGUGUGUCCGGCAACCCAACACCCAGUGUGCGCUGGCUGAAGAAUGAUGCCCCUGUGGUCCAGGAGCCCCGACGGGUGUCCUACCGCUACAUGGCGUACGGUUCCCGCCUCCGUAUCCGCAACCUGGACACGACUGACACAGGCUACUUCCAGUGUGUGGCCACCAACAUCAAGGGCACCGUGUCCACAACUGGAGUGCUGUUUGUCAAAUUCGAUCCACUCCCCACACUUCAGCCAGGAAAGCCCCCGGAGAUAAUUGAUGAGGAGGGAUUCUGUCAGCCCUACAGAGGCAUAGCCUGUGCCCGCUUCAUCGGUAACCGCAGCAUCUUUGUCGACUCACUGCAAAUGCAGGGGGAGAUUGAGACCCAGAUCACAGCUGCCUUCACCAUGAUUGGGACGUCUAAUCACUUGUCCGAUCGUUGCUCCCAGUUUGCCAUCCCUUCCCUUUGUCAUUUUGCCUUCCCAACUUGUGACCGCAGCUCAGGCACUGACAAACCACGGGACCUUUGUAAGGAUGAAUGUGAAAUCUUAGAGAACGACUUGUGUAAGACAGAGUACAUCAUCGCUCGCUCCAACCCACUCAUCCUGAAAAGACUGAAACUGCCAAACUGUGAGGACUUGGCUGCCUCCGACAGUCCAGCGGCUGCCAACUGUUUGAGAAUCGGGAUUCCCAUGGCUGAGCCCAUCAACAAAAAUCACAAGUGUUACAACAACAGUGGAUCAGACUACAGAGGCACAGUCAGCGUGACAAAAUCGGGGCGUCAGUGUCAGCCCUGGAACUCACAGUAUCCUCACAGCCACACCUACUUGGCAGUUCGCUAUCCAGAACUGAACGGGGGUCACUCAUACUGCCGCAACCCAGGGAACCAACAUGAGGCCCCCUGGUGUUUCACACUGGACGAAGGAGUCCGCAUGGAACUCUGUGACAUUCCUAUCUGUGACUAUAAAGACAAGUCAGGAGGCAGCAACAUGGAGAUUUUAUAUAUCCUGGUUCCGAGUGUGGCUAUCCCGUUGGCCAUCGCUCUGCUGUUCUUCUUCAUUUGCGUGUGCCGCAACAACCAGAAGUCCUCCAGGCCUCCAGCACCACGUCAGCCCAAACCAGUCCGAGGACAGAAUGUGGAGAUGUCCAUGCUCACAACGGCAUAUAAACCAAAGAGUAAAGCCAAGGAACUUCCCUUAUCAGCAGUGCGCUUCAUGGAGGAACUUGGAGAAUGCACACUGGGGAAGAUCUACAAGGGUCACCUGUACCUGCCCGGAAUGGACCAAGCUCAACUUGUGGCCAUUAAAACGAUGAAAGAUGUUUCCAAUGUUCAGCAGUGGGGAGACUUCCAACAGGAGCUCUCAGUGCUGAGUGAGCUGCAGCACCCCAACAUGGUGUGCCUGCUGGGUGUGGUCACCCAGGAGCAGCCUGUGUGUAUGCUGUUUGAGUUUCUGCCACAAGGAGAUCUCCACGAGUUCCUCAUCAUGCGUUCGCCACACUCCGAUGUUGGCUGUAGCAGCGAUGAAGAUGGAACUGUAAAGUCCAGCCUUGACCAUGGUGACUUUCUACAAAUGGUCAUACAGGUGGCAGCAGGAAUGGAGUAUUUGGCCAGUCACUUCUACAUCCAUAAAGACCUCGCAGCUCGGAACGUUUUAGUUGGGGAGCAGUUGCAUGUUAAGAUUUCGGACUUGGGUCUCUCAAGAGAGAUCUAUUCCUCAGACUACUACUGCAUCCAGCCCAAAACUCUGCUGCCCAUCCGCUGGAUGCCCCCCGAGGCCAUCUCCUAUGGCAAGUUCACCACAGACUCAGACAUCUGGUCAUUUGGAGUCGUGCUGUGGGAGGUCUUUAGCUAUGGCCUGCAACCCUACUAUGGUUUCUCCAACCAGGAAGUAAUGGAGAUGGUGAGAAAAAGGCAGCUGCUCCCUUGUCCAGAGGAUUGCCCACCAAGGUUUUACGGUUUGAUGACGGAGUGCUGGCAGGAAGGGCCAGCACGCCGACCAAGAUUCAAGGACAUCCACACCCGCCUGCGCGCAUGGGAGGGUCUGUCAUCUCACGCCAGCUCCAGCACGCCGUCUGGUGGAGGGGGGAACGCGACCACCCAGACCACCUCACUCAGUGCCAGCCCAGUCAGCAACCUCAGCAACCCUCGCUACGCCGCCGCCGCCCCCGCCGGGUACCUGUACCCGGCCCAGGCCAUCCCCGCACCGGGUCAGAUGGCUCAGAUCCCGGCCUGGACGCCCAUGGCCAUGCCCCAGACCCACCAGCGCUUCAUCCCCGUCAACGGCUACCCAAUCCCAACGGGAUAUGCAGCAUUUCCAACCCAUUUCGCGCCCCCGGCUCCGCCCGCCAGGGUGAUCCAACACCACCUGCCACCUCCCAAAAGCCGUUCGCCCAGCAGCGCCAGCGGCUCCACCAGCACCGGGCACGUCAGCGGGGUGCCCUCCACCACGGGCUCCAACCACGAAGCCAACACGCCACUGCUUUCCCACUGCAUCAUGCCGGGGAGUGGCGGAGGGCAGGGGCAGAUGUACGGACAAGUUUCCCAGAAGGGGAUGGCCCAGCUGGAGCACAUGUCGCAAACCUCGGCGCUGCUCAGUCCUGACUCUGACACACUGAUGUACAACGACUCGGUCAUCACCGCAGACCUGUAGAUAGGCCACGGAAGGCUCGCUUUCUUUCUGCUUGGGACCCUUAAAUGAGAAGUACGCCCUCUCAGCCGGGGAGCCAGCAACAAGUGUGACUUUGGUCAUUUUGCGACCGCACAGAAACAAGCUUGUAUUCACAUCUGGCUGUGCGAGAACUGUCACAGCGACACAAGUAUUAUAAACAUCUGUCUGUAUUUGUAAUAGCUCUCUGUUUAAAGCAAGUGUACUUACUAUCAUGGUUUGAAAGUUAUUUUAAUCUCUGUAAAUACGGUACAUAAAUAUAUAUUCAUAAAAGCUUUUAAUGGAAAGCAUUUUAUAGAUUAAAAAGUAGCAAAUCCACCUUGUGCAUUUGUUAAAGUGGUAUCCUAACAAACAGGUAAACUGUUUAACACAGGAUUCUGCUGAAACAUGCACAUCCAUGUGGCCACAUCAUGGUGCCUUUUACAGAUUUACUGACACACAAAUAAAAUAGCCAGCCAAGUAAGAGUGGACCAGGCUGUAUUUGAGAAUAUUUUCUCAAAUCAUGCAGGUAACUUUGCGCUUUGGACUGAUAACAUUUUCAUCCCUUAGAAAAUUACAGCCAAAUUCCUUUUGUUUUUUCUGAAUUCUCAACUUGACUUCUGCAACAGGUACACAUCCAUCUUAAUUGUGCUCAAACUGUUCUCAAAGCUGGCCACAAAGAGAAGCCUGAAACUCAAAACCUCUCUCUUAUUUCCACUUGCUCCUGUUUUUUCCCCACAUCAGAUUUCCCAUCAAACUUAAAAACUGAACCGGUCUCAGGGUAAACACUUCAUACACCACAUAAGAUCUGUUUUAGUGUCUGUAUUUUAAGAUGAAAUCUCAUAUAAGAAACGUUUUUGAAAAAUUAUAGUGUUAACUGAUUGGAUAUAGGUUUUUUCAUUCUGUUUUCUAUGUUUUAUUUGAAGGAAAGUUUGACGUUUUUGUUCUAUGUGUUUGUGUCCUGUCCUGCUCUUUCGGUCAGUAUCCUACAGAACUCACUAUGUUUGUAGUAAAUAAUCUGAGCUGUAUACAUGGACAAAAAACACUUUGUCAAACAUCUUCAAAUGUAUGGAUUUUGUUACUGAACAGAAGUUUAUCUCAUCUAAAAGAUUAAUGCAGUGAGUUUGGACAGAGAUUGUCAUAUGUGCCGGCAGAUUCAUGGCUGGUUUAGAAACUUGCCUUUGAAAAUGUAUUCAUUACUACUUUUGACAACCAUCAUAAGUAAAGUGUCCAAGCUAAUGGAAAACAAACAAUAUCACCUUUUCAUUACCAUUCCAUUUAUUUAUCAAUUUGUCAAAAGCCGUAGAGCAAAGCAGUGAGGCUAGGUUAGCUGCAUUUACUCCAUUCAUUUCUCAAAUGAAAGUGUUUGGUAGAUUUAUAGACUCCCAUUCCUCUCCGUCAUUAUUUGAUUAGGAUGUUGAUUAGAUGUUACAUGUUUACAUAUAUAUAUAUACAUAUGUAUAUAUGAAGCUUUAUCAUUUUGAGAAAUGGUCAUGAAAAUGUGAUCUUGUCAUCUUGAUUUUAAAAUGGAAAUUCUGUCUAAAAGAAACAUGUAUCCCGUUCAGUACUCACUCAGUUGAAAAUC